GGAGAGACCUCCUCCUUGAGGGGUGCCUCUCGUUGGAUGCCUGGUUAUGGACGCGGCUCUCCAACUUUGAUGGGCAAGCCUUAUAAGUUCCAACAGAGGGCGCUUCAGCCCCACUUGAAAGCAUUGUGGGGUCACAACGGCAUCUGGAAGCAGAUUGUUAAAGGCGCCCUCUAUGUCAAGAGAGACACCAAAGGUAAAUUCCUUAAAUGCGAGACCUUUUUAAAUUUCGGAGACAAUUUCCUCCGACACGUCAUCUGACGAAAGUCGCUGUUGGAUAUGGGCGUCGAGAAGUCUUUCUAGAGUUUUAAGAAGAAAGGACGUUAGGCUUAUUGGCCUGAAGUCAUUGGGUUUGACGUAAGAUACCCUUCCACCCUUCGGUAUGAAGAUUAACCUACUAGAAAAUUAAUCUUUCAUCUUUUUUAAUUUUGUUCCAAGUGUUAUUAUGAAACGCGAACUAUUGGCCAGUGUCAAAACAGUGCAAUCUUAGAUAUACUUUUAAGUUGCUUGUCUAAACUGGUUUCAAAGUCGAGGGCUAGCCAAAAUUGCACACAGAGAAAAAAUCGUCAUUUGCUUUUCGAAAUCGUUAUGACAGUCCAAAUGAUGAUGAAAUGUCAACCUGGCAACAUUGGCUCAGAAAUAACUUUUCUUUAUGCGUGAGGCCUUAGAGGAUCUUGCCGGUGUCCUCACGGUGGCGGAUCGUGUUAAUAUCUGGGCAUGCAGAGGAAGCGUCUCCAACACCUGAGGUAUAGCUUCUUCUGCAGUCUGGUAGAGAACACGGAGGUGAAACUCUUGGAUUUCCUAAAUUUCAUUUGGAAUCGUAAAUAAAUCAGUCGGUCAAUUCCUUGUUUAUUUUUCUUAUUGUAAAGGAUCCUUGGGGAGACGUUCUUGCUCCUGACACUCACUUACAAGGGACGCUUGCAAUGCACAGCCUCACGCAAAGAUAUGUCUGUUUGUCUCCAAGCUAAGGUUUGGAACUCUCCGUUUUCAUUUCGUUAGGAGAAACAACAAAAACUACGCUCGAAUAUACACGAUUUUUUAUUAAAGUUUUAAAACGAGGGUUAUCGCCAUGAUUCACGCCCUUGAGAAGUCUGAUUGUCACAAAAAAUAUUUAUAAUAAUUCCGCAUUGAAUUACAGAGCUGUUCAGUAACAGAGGAGCUGGCGUACAGAAAAAAGCAAUGAAAUUAAAAGAUAAGCAAUGCUUUAUUUUAAAGCUAAGUUGUAAGUCUAUAUGCACAUGCGGGAGUAUUGUUGUUAAAUUUAGCAAAGUGUAGCGAUAAUUGUUUUUCUUUUUUGGUUUCGUGCCAGUGUUAGGCGUUUUUAUCUACCCUAUUUAACAGCAGGUGGCGGAUGCAUAAUCCGGAAAUCGGGUUCCGCCUGCAGCCUUUUGUUGUUGUUUGUUUUACAAGCCGAUAAAAGCAAUUGUCAUGUUUUACAAUAUGUUAACAUAAAAUUAACCAUUUAAACAUAAAAGGUAUGAAUUGUUUAGAGUUAAAUUGGUUAAUUGAUUCGCGCCGCGAACGACAAAAACACGGCUACACGGGAAAAUGAGAAUCGUUUUACUGUUACUUUCAUUAAAUUUUCUGCUAGUUUUUGCCCUCGACAAUGCAGAGAUUGCACACAAAGAGGAGGACUACGGUAAAACGUGGAUGUGGAUGCCUGAUGGCGAUGGCAAACCGCAUAUUGCUUACCUAGUUGAGCCACCAGAGGACAGCCAACAGGAUGAUUUGCCUGAAUUUGUUCAUGUGGAACUUUUUGAUGGUGCUGAUAUCGAUGCCCCUGCGACAGCUCAAAUAUCAGUUAACUAUUAUGCCAAUAGGCAAGGAGACGCGCAUACGCGUCAAAAGCGCGAUACUUGGGAAGAGUUGGCGGGGAAAUUCAAUGCUGAUUUGGAUACGAAAAUUUUGGUGCAUGGCUGGAAAUCGAGCACCACCAGUGAUUCCAUACAAUCUAUACGUGGCGCAUAUGCAAUGCGUGGGAAUUUGAAUAUUUUCGCAAUCAACUGGCGCGACCAAGCGGAUAAUAUUUACUAUUUAAAACCCGCCCGCUACACCGUGCAAGUGGGCAGAGCUGUGGCGAAACUAAUCGAUCUGCUUGUCGAGGAGAAGGAUGCAGAUUCGAAGCGUAUACAUUUGAUUGGACAUAGCUUAGGUGCGCAUAUAAUGGGCUAUGCUGGUUCAUAUACCAAAUAUCGCGUAGCGAGAAUCACAGGUCUCGAUCCUGCCAGGCCAGCUUUUGAAAAUUGCAGCGGUCCCGAACAUCACUUAGAUCCAUCGGACGCUGAUUUUGUGGACGUCAUACAUAGUUGUGGCGGAAUUUUAGGAUUUCGUGAUCCAAUUGGUUUGGUAGACUUUUACCCGAAUGGCGGUGGAGCACCACAGCCAGGUUGUACAGAGAUCUCGCAAAUCUUUACUGGCUGUAGCCACGGUCGGUCUUAUGAGUAUUUCGCGGAAUCCAUACACAGCGAGAAGGGUUUCUACGCUACGCCAUGUUCAUCGUUAGAGCAGCUGAUAGGUCGAAAUUGUACUGGAGCCAAGAUACUGAUGGGCGAUCCUGUACCAAUGGACGCACGUGGCAUUUACUACUUGAAAACUGGUAGUAGACCAGCCUAUGCACUAGGUGCGGAAGACUAACAUUUUACGGACGUAUAUCUUAAAAGAUAAACUAACGAAGCUGUUUCAUUCCUAAUGACCGAAAGAGCUAACAAGUAUAAAAGGUGCAAGAUUUGUAAUAUUUCUGACUUUGUAGGCUUUCAAGACAUCUUGGAAAAAACAUUUGCUUUGAAUAUUAAUUUAUACCUUUCAUAUAAUCGGUAAUUCCUCCUGUAUUUACAUACU